AAUUUUCAGGUGAAAGGACCUUCUGGUGAACAGAUUCAAGAUUUUCACAACAAGAUCAGUGAGAAAUUUGAGUUUGUGGCUCACCAUAAGGGUGUUCAUCGGUUCUGCUUUACUAAAAAGUCUCCUUAUCAUGAAACCAUCGACUUUGAUGUACACGUUGGCCAUUUUACAUUCUAUGAUCAGCAUGCAAAGGACGUAGGACUCUGCUUUUUUUUUUUUUCUGUUUUCUUGUCUCUUGAACUGACAAACUUUACAGAAUAUACUGCGUGUGUCUCUUUUUUAUCUGCUGUGAAUGUAUCUGCAGAGCAUUUCAACCCCUUGUUGGAACAGAUAGGGAAGCUGGAGGAGGCUCUCUACAACAUUCAGUUUGAGCAGCAUUGGCUGGAGGCUGAGACUGAACGUCAAGCAAUUGUGAACGACGCAAUGAGCAGAAGGGCAGUCCAUAAGGCUUUCUUCGAGUCAGCCGCACUUAUUGGGUCGAGUGUUCUCCAAGUUUACCUGCUCCGCCGCCUUUUUGAGAGGAAGCUUGGUUUCUCUCGAGUUUAACAUUGAUACUGUCAGAUGACGCUAAAGUAAUUAGAGAUUUUUGUUACUAACGCCAGUCUUCGGUUCUUUCUUUAAAUAUCCAUAGAGACAUGUAUAGACAAGGAAACUGUUUGCUUUGUGAAAAGGUGAUAUGAUAGAUGACCUUGAGGUGAAAAAACAGAAUGCGUCAGGCCAUGAAGAAAAAUUGGGCAUUCUACUAGGUUCCAUCAUUAAGUUCAUGGCAAUUACAACUUCUUCCUAACUAGAGUGAAGCUCAAAUCAAAUUGAAGCAAAGAGAAGGAAAAGAUGUGAGGGCGAGAGCUCUGUUUUAUUUUGUUGUUUGGUAAGUAGGACAGCCAUAGCUCCACAGUUUUGGAAUUGCAUUUACUGGGAUUGGAACCUUGGUCUCA